AUGGAGCCCUGCAGUGUGAUGUUGAUUGUGGUCAUUUCCAAAGUGUUUGGUUUGGGAUUAGUUGCAGGUCUGGCUUUCAGAAGUGACAGCACUGGGCCCCAAGAGGAACCUGCCACUCAUCUUCGUUCUUCCCAGUUUGUGCCGUCCAUGGGAAUCCAGGACAGUAAGGAGCUAAACAAAACCUGCUGUCUGAAUGGGGGAACCUGCAUGCUCGGGUCCUUUUGUGCCUGCCCCCCCUCCUUUUAUGGGCGAAACUGCGAGCAUGAUGUCCACAAAGAGAACUGUGGGCCUGUACCCCACGGUACCUGGCUGCCCAGGAGGUGCUCCAUGUGUAAAUGCUGGCAUGGCCAGCUCCACUGCUUCUCUCAGGCCUUCCUGCCCGGCUGUGAUGGUCCUGUGAUGGAUGAGCGCCUCGCAGCUUCCAGGACACCAGAGCUGACAUGGUCUGCGUGCACCACUCUAAUGCUGGCUGGCCUGUGCCUGGCUGUACAAAGUUACUGUUGAUCUACAUUUACCUGCAACAUUUGUCAUGCAAAUGUCACGGCCAGUCAAGGCUGUCCCUCCAGGGUCCAGACUGAGAGAUGACCCCUUAAUUGCCUUAAAAUAGUGAAUACAUUUUCAUAACGGUCCCUAACAUUUCCUCGAGGUACCAGUUACUUUCCUCUGCCUGCCCUUCCCCAAAAAACUAACUUAAAAAGUAAGCUAUAUCUGCUUUAUCUGCAUUGUGCCCAAGUCCUGCCUCUCUCGAUAAGUGUAACUCUACCAAAGGCUUCCUGUGUUUUAAACAAUUAAAUACUAUCUUCAGAUGAUUUUCAGGCUAAUCCUAAUGUGAAGCUGAGGAUGAAGUCUUGAAUAGAGACUUUUCAAAUCAAUCAAGACAAUAUCUUGAAAAGAAAAGGAAAGGAAGCAUCUUUAAGGAGAGUAAAUGAGAGGGGAGGGGUUGA